UUGUUUCGACCAUAUACUGAUAGAAACGAAAGGAUAAAGUGUAAUUCAAACUGUAUAAUAUUAGGUGUAGUGUACUUAUAUAAAACUAUUUCUUAGAUGGACUGAUGAAAGGCGAAUGAGUACGCAUAUCUCUUGCGUGAUAUAAUAUAAUUCUUUAUGUCAAAUUAAUGCAGCAAUGUGAGAGUUCUCUAGUACUACUUACUCGUAUAUUUAGUAUAAAUAUCAAUAGAUGAUGAGAGUUACAAGAAAUAACCUGAAAAAUAAAUUCUUUAUACAAAUGUCUGUUUAAAUAACGUUCUAUUUAUAACCUCCUUGGAAGGAUGUGCGCCAUAUAAACUGUCGGCUAUUAUUCACGUAGGUACUGUUCCGACAACAACUGCGAUUUUUACUGUAAACUGCUGAAUACAUACAUACAUAGGACCGUAUCCCCGAUGGGGAAGGGAGAGGUAUAUAUACAGGGUGUUAGUGACAUCGUAACGAAAACCUUGAGGGAUGAUUCAGACUAUGAUUCUAAGUUAAUAUCAAAUGGAAUUUUCCGUCGCAAAAUUCCUGAUUUUUAUUAAUUAAUUUCAAUUCUGUACUUUUGCGAUAGAAAUUUUCACUUGAUAUUAGCUCAGAAUAAUGAGCUGAAUCAUCCCUCUCAGUAUUCGUUACGAUGUUACUUACACCCCAUACAAGUACGUACAGGUAGCCAUACAAGUAGGUAGGGGUGUUAGUGACACCGUAACAAAUACUGAGGGGCAUGAUUCUGACCAUGAUUCUGAGUUGAUAUCAAGUUUAAUUUCCCGUCGGAAAAUUCAUGAAAAUUGUAGUGAAUUUUUAUACGUUUGCGACCGAAAAUUCCACUUGAUAUCAACUUAGAAUCAUGGUCUGAAUUAUCCCUCAAAGGUUUCAUUACGAUGUCACUAACACUUUGUAUAGAAUCUCACUCCACUCACUCCUCGCCAGCUAUGUUUAAGUACUAUGUAAUAGAGGCGAGCCUAUUGUCAUUAACCGGACACAAACUCUUGGAAAUUGUGUACUUAAGUAAGUAUAUAACCAAACAUGAACUCAAACCACAGAAUAAAUAGUCGAAUUCGGUACCAUAACUACUAUCUAAUAUUAUUGUAUAAUAUCAAUUAUAUGACGUAUAAACUUUUAAACAGAGCGAUUGCUGUCUUGGUUAUCAGUUUUUGACGUUCGCGAAUGUAAUAUAAGCAAGAUGUUAUUUUUUUUUAUUUACUUUGUGCUCGCAGUUAAGUAGAAAGGCACAGAUAAAGUAACAUAGUUAUAGCAAUGGCUACCAAGAAGUUUGCCGGUCCUUCCCCCUUCAGUGUGCAGCACUCCUAUCCGGAGCAGGAUUACCGUCAUACUGAGUAUUUGAACAAUGUGUCAACUAAUCACAAGGUGAAGAGUCAAGCCAAGCCGGCGGUGGGCGCCAUGUUCGGUCUAGGUCGCGCUGGCUCCAUCCACCUGGCCUCCAUCAUCAACAACCCUCGCAUCGUGCUCAAGUACGUCGUGGACGACCAAACGUCUAAGUUUGCCGACCUGAAGAAGUACUGGAAUUUGUCUGACGAUGUAGUUUUCCUGACCUCUAAGGAAGCUGACAAAGUUUACAAUGAUAAAACGGUCAAUGUAAUUUUCGUGGGAUCUCCAACCCACACACACCACGACAUCGUGGUGAAGUCAAUCGCUGCUAACAAGGAUGUCUUCUGCGAAAAGCCCAUCGCUGAGAACAUUGAGGAUACCAAGAAGUGCUAUGAAGCUGCUAAGGCCAAAGGUCGUGCCUUAUUUGCCGCGUUCAACCGGCGCUUCGACCCCGCCUACAGGAGCCUGAAAGACCGCGUCAGGAAGGGCGAAGUUGGUCAUGUUCAGAUCCUUAAAGUGACCGCUAGAGACUCUCCACUGCCCAGCAUAGAGUACUUGAAGACAUCAGGCGGUGUUUUCCAUGACUGUUUGGUACAUGACAUUGACAUGUCGUGCUGGGUGCUGGGCGAGCUGCCGAUUCGCGUGCAGGCGUCGGCGUCUGCGCUCAUCCCCGAGAUCAAAGCCAUCGACGACUUCGACACCAUCGCCUUCCUACUCACCUUCCCCUCCGGUGCCAUCGUCCUCGGAGACAACAGCCGCUACUCCGCCUAUGGUUACGAUCAGAGACUCGAAGUUUUCGGAAACAAGGGAAUGCUCAAGGUGGAAAAUGAGAAGCCCACGCACUCUGUCGAGAGCUAUAUCGGGCACGAGGGUAUCAAGACAGCUCCUAUCUACUACUCGUUCCCAUCACGUUUCAAGGAGGCCUACAAAUAUGAGCUCGAGCAUUUCUUGGAUGUCGUGCAGAAGAGUGUCCCGAUGGAGGUGGGCAGCUGGCAGUGCCUGGCUGUGAGCAAGAUUGCCACGGCUGCGGAGCAGAGCGCGCGCACUGGCCAGGCCGUCGACAUCGACUGGAGCAAAGAUGACAUUCCCGCUAUUUAUUCUUAAACUGACUCAUAGACUAUGACAAAUAUAGGAUUAAAUUAUCGUAAAUUGUAAA